AUGUCGGAUGAUUUUGUAAAAGUUCAAAGGAGACCAUUCACGGAGUUCUUAACUUGUCCCCUUUGCCAAAACCUUUUCAGAGAAGCAACUACUAUAUGUAUCUGCCUCCAUACAUUUUGCAAACAAUGCAUCUACCGGAAACUCGAGGAGGAGAACCGAAAUCAUUGUCCAGCCUGCAAUGCCGAUCUCGGUUCCUUUCCUGAAAAAAUGCUAAGACACAACCAUAACUUGCGGAAGCUCGUAUCGCAAAUUUCCCCCCUCGAAAAAACGAGUGAAGAUUUCGGUAUACCGACGGAAGGUGACAUUCAUUCUAUUAACAAGAAACAGAAUGAAUUAACAGAUUUGGAAAUGCCCGGAAUUUAUAAUGUUAUAUCCGAACCUACGGCGUGUGCAUUUUCUCUCGGAACUUACGAGACUAAGUUUGAUGUACGAGUGAAGAGGAGGAGGACAAUGAGAAAGCCCUGCAGAUUGAUUACAGGCAAAGGAGAGGACGAUUUGAAGAUUGACACCGUGAACGAGAUGUCAAAACUCAAUGCAACUGGUCUUGGGAAGACGGUCGAUUCGACUAAUCUGAAAGGCAUGGCAUUGCCUCAGAUACCAAAACCCUUUAUCCAUACCAGGAAUGGAGAUCUAGCGGUAUGCUUUGUGAACAAGUACCUUGCAAGGAAGCUAUACCUCGAACAUGAAUCCGAGGUAGAAGUCAUGUGUUUCGGUCAUCCAUUGGUCCCAGACUUAACGCUAAACGACCUGGUCGAGAUAUGGCUAGAGGCCAUAUCAUGUAUGAAACCCGCGCGGGUGAGAGGCAAGAACCGCGACGGCAGAAACUUUUUGAUGGAAUUAACGUAUAGAAGGUCGAACGAGCGGUGCACGUCGUCGUGA